AUGAGUUCAAUUCAAUUAAAGUUAGAUAAAAUUUGGAAUCGUUCUGAUCCACCAUCAAAGCCUGAUGUUUUUGCAAAUGUUAAUGAAAUUAAGACAUCCAUUGGCAAUACGGAGAGUAAAUCUUCUUCAUUUGCAAUGCCUGCUGCUCGUUGGCGACCAAAUCAACGUCCAUUCGUUCUUCCACCUCCGACAAUAAAUUCUAAUUCUACUUCAUCCAUGAGAACAAUUCAACUAAUUGAUCCUAUGAUAACACCAAUGCCAACAACAUCAACGAGUAGUUUAAAACAUUUUCAAUCAGCACAAAAUCUAUUCAGUAUUGGAAAACGUAUGCCUGAAGUUGAAGUAGCUUUAACACAGCUUGUUGCUAACAUGGAAAAAUGUCCAAGACCAGAACAAGAACUACCGCAACCAUUAUCUCUUCGUAAUGUUACAUUACAUGGUUAUCAACGGCAUGCAAUUGCUUGGAUGGAAUGGCGUGAAUCAAAUCCACCAUUUGGUGGAAUUCUUGCUGAUGAUAUGGGACUUGGUAAAACUGUAACUACGAUUGCGUUUCUUCAACUUCGAAUGAAUUCAAUAAAAUCAGAAUCUACCGAACAAGUAUUCGAUACUUCCAAAAUUCGCGCUAUUCCAACAACACUUGUUAUUUGUCCAGCUACUCUCAUGAGUCAUUGGGAAACUGAAAUAACUAAAUUUAGUCGUAUGCGAUGUUUCAUCUAUCAUGGAUCAUCACGUAAAAAAGAUAUUCCAACCGGUGGUGCUAUUCGUGCUUUUGGACAAUAUUGCGUUGUACUUACAUCCUAUGAAUUAGUACGAGCCGAGUAUACAUCUUCCGAUGAAUGCAAAAAUCCAUUAUUUGCUGUAAAAUGGCAACGUGUUGUUCUCGAUGAAGCUCAUCGAAUACGUUCACAUAAGUCGCAAACAUCUCAAGCGUGUACAGCAAUCGAUGCUAUCUAUCGUUGGGGAUUAACAGGAACGCCAAUACAUAAUAAAGCAGAUGAUUUCUAUUCACUUCUUCAUUUUCUUCAUUAUUCACCAUUCGAUGUUUAUUCAACGUGGAAAUUAUUUUCAUCGAAUCAAUAUAAAUCCAUUGAACGCAUGAAGACAAUUGUACGCUCAUUGAUACUUCGACGAACGAAAACUGAUUAUGAUUUAAAUGGAAAACUGCUUGUACCGUUACCAUCGAAACAAAUAGAAGAUAUUUGGUUGAAAUUAUCUGAUGAAGAAAUGAAACAUUAUCAACAUAUUAGAAUAGAAAUGACCGAUGCAUAUAAAUUAUUCAUUCGAAAUCGACGGGAAAAAAAGAAAACAAAUACAGUCGUUCUUUUUACAUUAAUGUUAAAAUUACGCCAAGCAUGUAAUCAUUUAUCAUUAGUGAAAGAUUUGUCGACGGAUGAUGUAUUCGAUGAUAAAGACGAUGUAGCAUUAGAAUUAUCCAUGUUUAAAUUAGAUAUAAGUGAUACAUUAAAUGAUAAAAGUAUUCAAUCGUUGGCAAAAGAUGCUGAACUUCAAUAUGAUAUUGCAUUUAUGAGCACAAAAUUAGAUUGUCUUUUAAAGAAAAUAGAUAUGAUUGUCAAUCAACGAGAAGAAAAAUGUGUUGUUGUAUCCUCCUGGGUAGGAAUGCUCAAUAUUGUUCGACAUCAUUUAAAACGAAAUCUUAUACGUUCUCUAACCAUUAGUGGUGAAAUCAAAAUAUCUGAUCGGCAAGCGGUUGUACAAGCAUUUAAUAGUGAUGAAAAGAAAUACAUGGUUCUUCUUUUAUCAUUGAAAGCGGGUGGAGAAGGUCUUAAUCUUGUUGGUGGUAAUCAUCUGUUCUUAUGUGAAUUGUCCUACAAUCCACAAAACGAACAGCAAGCAUGUGAUCGAAUAUAUCGAAUUGGCCAACGAAAAAAUGUACAUAUUUAUCGAUUGAUGGUGAAAAAUACAAUUGAAGAACGAAUUAGCAAUUUACAAGAACGAAAAUUGAAAUUAGCUGGCGAUGUUUUAGCUGGUUGUGUAGAUAAAUUCAGUCUUAAAUUAGAAGAUAUUGCUUAUUUAUGCUCAUAA